AUGACCUCGGCGUAUACGGUGAAAACAAUUACAAUCGACCUCGCCGCUGGUCCAGUCAAAACACGCGAUAAGGCCCUGGACGACCUGAACCAGCUGCUGAGCCGCAACAAUGCCGCUGCCAUUGACUUGUCCGAGCUGGGAGACAAGGCCUACCAUGACAUCUUUGAGGCUCUUUUCAAAACAGUUCUUGAGCAAAAACCGAAGUACUUUGACAAGAAGACCUCAAAACCCGCAGAGCUUCGCCUAAAUAAAUGCGCGAGAGCUGUGAGGGCAGCAGCAAGCCGAGGAGCCGCGAAGCUCAAACAAAAGACACUAUCCGCAAUCAUCGAUCACAUCACCCAAGUUUUGCCGGGGCCCGGAGAUGUAUUUGUGCGCCCGCUUCUCAAUGACUACGUCAAGGCUCUCACAGAGCUCCUCUCCCGUGCUGCCAACGUGGAGUACUUCUCACGCAAGGACGGCCGCCUCUGGCAGAUAUGCGUCGACUUCUUCCUUGACAUCAUUUCCAGUCGCAUCCCGCAAAAUGGCCCUGCUGAUCAGAGUUUAAUUGGCCGCAAUUCGCCUGCUCCAGGCACGCCACGGUCGACCUUGCGCUCCAACUCAGGAUCUCUCCUGAGCCAGAAGCCACCAGAGAUCACAGAUGGAGAGCCCGUCCGAGACGCUCUGGAAGGCCUUCUCUGCCUUGUGACCGCUCCAAAUGCUCAUGUUUUGAGCCGAUACCAGGAUAUUGCCAGUGCGUCCUUGAGAGUGCUGCGCCUUCACAACCUGAGCCUUGGAUCUCUGCAGACCAUGAGUUUCGCCGUAGUCAACAACAUUAUAUCAGCGACCCAGUUGGAUAACCCGGCUUAUACGGAGUCCGUCAUUGGUGGUGUAGUCUGCGAGACGUGGAAGCUUCAACAGGACAUUGGCCCGUUCAACGAGUACCUGCUUCUUCUGAACCAUAAAUCAGACGCCAGCCCCCUUGUUACUUGCGGCCACCAGCCUUCUGUAGAGUCAAAUGGGACCACAUCUGACUCGAACACCUACUUUCCGUCGAAGAAGCUCUUGUUGGAGUUGGUUUAUCCCAAGUUUGAGGAACUCAGCGAACUAUGCACGUCUUGGUCGAAGAAACCGAAUGAGGGCGGCACUCAGAUAUCGCAGGAAAGAUUCGAAAGUCUUUUGUCAGCCUCGAUAGUCGGCGCGAUGCUGCUGCCUGAAAUCUCUUAUCUCAACUCAAGCCAAUCUGCUUUGGUAGAGAGUCUCAUCAUGAGCAACAUCGAGAGGGGCAUCACGCAGGCCCUUGCCUCCGUAGACGCAAAUUCGUUCAUCCAGCAAAUUCUCCGCAACAUCAGGCCGUGCAUUCCAGACCUAGACCAUGUUGGAAUAGAGCGACUACAUGGGGAAAACGAGGCUCUUCUGAGAUUGCUGACACUCUCUUUUGAUGCGCUGAGGAAGCACAACCUGCUCAAGGAUUCGGCUGGCAGUUACGACAUGAUGGAGAUUGAUGACGAGUUCGAGUCUCAAGGCAGCCGGGGCCUAAACUUGACAGCGUCUAUACCGCUUCCACGCUCCAUCCAUCAGGUAUCUCUAAGCCCACCAUGCUUUUACGCUGAUACUCGUUGUCGCCUCAACUUCAUAAUUACGUCGCACCGUGAAGAAAGCCAAGUCGGUCUGGUGCCUGACGCAUUCAUUUACGAGCUGGUCAGAAUGUCUGAUGAAGAGCUGCUGUCGUGCUAUCCUACCUUGACAGAGCUGUUUAGCUCUGAUCUUGUCACCAACCCUGACGGAGCAUUGACCAUCAUCCAGAGACUCGGCGAAAUGGUUGGCAGCAAUGAAUACCGAUGCUGCGAGGUGGCUCUUACCGCGUGCAUUGAGGUGCUGCAUGGGCUGUCUAGCAUGUGGCUUAGCGACAGCGGGGAGUUGUCAAAUAGCGUUGGCGAUUUAUACCACUACUUCAUCCAAACUUGCCUCGAUGCAAACUUCUUUUCGCCGCGAAGCUUGAAGGCAUUGUCGACACUGCUCUUCACCCUGCUGAGACUCCAGCCAGGCUAUGGUACGGGUCUGAAACUGGACUCUUGCCGAACAUCGUUGCUGUUCAUUCUCAGGGAAGGUUCCAUGGCCGUCAAAUACUAUGUUGCGGAAAGAAUUGCAGACUUGUUCGAGCUUUACAUCCUCAUGCUGCACGACGAAGUAUUUGUCGAUGUUCUUGGCAGCUUGCCGGCGGACCCGGAAAGCGAGGCAGGGAUAGCAUGUCGGUUACUGGUGCUCUCCAAUCUAGCACAGAGAUGGCCAACCCUGUUGCGACGCUGUACAUAUCACAUCUUUGAGAUUCCUGGAAAAAUCUCGUCGGUAUCAGAACACGCUCGUCGAUGCAUCGCAGAUAUAUCUCGCUCUCUGGACCUGACAUCGCCAAAGGAGCUCUUUGGUCUCUUCACUCGUCAGCUGCUCUAUACCUGGAUGGAGAGCGAUUCGGUUGAGGACAUCCCGUUUGCAAUUUUUGGAUUCGAGUCCCUGGGCGAGCUGUUGACCAGUGCGCAGUCCGAUGCCAUCGGGUUAUCGACAAUGAGGGGCCAGAAUGCUGUUCGAAGCGAAAUUGCAAGGCACAUUGGCAAGACUGAGGUUGAGCUGCUUCAGGCCAACUUCGCCGCGGCCAUCACGUAUAGCACGGCCUUCACUGCUGCUUUUGAUCCGUCAAGCAAAGACAAUGGCGAGGCCAAGAUCAAGAAGAAGAUGGGAAGUAAGCUAUUUACGGAAAGCAUAUACAUCAGCUUCGUUGAUAUUGUCGCCUACUUCUUCGACAUCAUCGACCAGGAAGAUGCCGUCGACAGAGUCUUUGCAAAGAGCGAGGAGCUAACAUACGCUGCCAAGAUUUACAAGGACAUCACCAAGAUAGCGCAGUCCGAUACGAAGCUCCCGCCGAAUCAGCAGCCCAUGUUUCGUGCCAAAUAUGUCAUCCAUGAGCUGGCACGGUUGUGUCAAGGCACCGAGUUUUUGUUCAGCGAGCUUUGGACUCCCGCGUUGAUCGUGUCCAUUGCCAGGAAGCUGUUCAACACGGUUCAUCCCGCCUUGGGAUCUUUGCAUGCUUGCUCUGUGUUGAGAAAAGUGCGGAUUCUGAUUUGUCUGGCGGGACCUGUCGCCCUCGAGUCUUACUGUUUGGAGAUGCUGCUCAACUCUGUGCGGACCUUGAUGACGGACUCGGAGUGUGCUGACGAUGCCUUGGGAAUCAGUCAAUACUUACUGGAAAACGGGGCGCGUCAUCUUCAGCAAACUCCCUCUUUCCUGGCAGGUUAUUCUUUAUCGGCCCUGGCUUCUCUCCGAGUUUUCCUCGAGUCCAGCCAAUCCAGCACCACCCAGGAAAGCCAAUUCAAGGCUACGAUGAGUAAAGCCACCAAGUUCCACAAGUGGCUUGCGGCCUACCUGGAUAAUUACACGUCACCGGCGUUUAAAAAUGAAUCGCAAAAACUGUCAUUCAAGUCCAUCACGGGCUCAGCUGCCCAUGUACGGUCGUCAGGCAAUGCUGACCAUAGCACCUGUGAGAGCAAGCUACUGCUUGACAUUUUGCGGGAUGGCAACGCGAAGCAUGAGCUGCUCAACGAAGAGUCCCGAGAGUUGGCCAUGGGACUCUUGUGCGGUGACUUCAGCAUCCCCGAGUACAUCAGCAACGAUAUGCUCAGCACAGACGGCGAUGCAGUGCUGCAUGCAAGUGCGGUAUGGAAGAGUUGCAGCACAAAGGCUCUGAGCGCAAACUAUUUGUCAUGGGCAGGCAGAGUGGUUGGAAGAGCGUUUGCUGCAUCUGGAGACAUACCAGAAGGCAUCGUUGCAGAGUCGGACAUGGCAACUUACAGCAAAAUCGCAGCCGGCCCUAACGGUUCCGAGAUGGGCUUGUUGAGUCUGCUUCAGAGUCUCACUUCCAACAGUGACACAUUGACGGCGGGUCUGGCUGAGUCUGUCUUGAGAGCGGCCAUAUCUAAAGCAGUGCUGCAGGAAGAUGAACCGCUCCUCAUAGCCUGCCAGAGAAGCUUGGCAGAGCCUUUGUAUCUCACCUCGCAAUGGUCACUCUACCGGUCACCGCCCUCCGAGAAUGAGCAGUCACAGCCGAGCCAGGACGAGCAAUCAAUAUGGGACAGCGACAUCACCUCUGACAGAUGGCUUUCUGAUCUCGCAGUUUUGAUGGCAAACUCGGUUCCGGACUCCAUUCUACUGUCAGUGCUCUCCCCGGUCCUGUCCAAGGUCAAAGGAUUCGCAGAGAAGGCGUUUCCGUUUAUUGUCCACCUAGUUCUGCUGUUUCAGCUCGAGCAGCAACAGGUAAUGAGGCGCUCCAUUUCAACAGGUUUCAAGUCUUGGCUGCAAGUGAAAGUCGACUCGGCGCGACCCAGAAUCGCGCUUCUGAUAAACACGCUGCUCUAUCUCCGCACACAAGAGUAUCCAAAAGAGGGCUCGAUAAGUGACCGGCUGCAUUGGUUGGAGGUUGACUACUCGUUGGCAGCGGCUGCCGCAACGCACUGCGGCAUGUACAAAACAGCACUCUUGUUUGCCGAGCUAGCAUCUAUUGAGACCGGUCGACAAUCUAGACGUGCCUCUUCGGCCCGUGAGAGUGACCUCAGCUCGACGCUCCUGUCCAUAUUCGAAAACAUUGACGACCCAGACGCAUACUACGGAUUGCCUGAAGAGGCCACCCUGUCAAAAGUGCUGUCGCGAAUCACGUUUGAGAAUGACGGGAUGAAGAGCGUGGCUUUCCUCGGUGCGCAAUUUGACAGUCACAUUCGUCUGCGGAACGGCUCUAGCACGGUCGAUGCCCAGGCUCUUGUUGGCGCCUUGAGUUCGCUUGGGUUGUCCGGGCUGUCCCAUUCGCUGCAGCAGACGCACCAAACCAUCGAUACCUCGCCUGCUGCUACAGAAAAUACAUUCAAGGCUGCGCAAAGGUUGGAAAUGUGGAAUUUACCGGCGCCAAAGGACAGCGAUAGUUUCGCAGUGACAACCUACAAGGCAUACCAAGCCAUACACAACGCAACCGAGGUUGCAUCUGUCCGAAAGGUCGUGUAUGAAGGUUUUGCCAAGACUAUAGGCAGUGUCACUGGAAACAACAGGCCUACCAUAUCUAUGCUCAGAAAUAAGCUGGGCACUCUUGCUGCUUUGAGCGAACUGGACGAUCUGAUGAGUAUUUCACGCGGCGAUGGGCUGAGCAAUACCCUUGACGUAUUCCAAUCGCGCGGUGAUUGGAUGAAACGCGGACGAUUUGACGACAUAAGCAACAUCUUGUCAUGCCGAGGCACGACAAUGAGUAUGCUGAGUCAACACUCCAACAUCCUUCAAGAAGCCAGUCUAUCGACUUCUGCGAUGCGAAAAGCAGAGGUGCAGUCGCUUUUAAUGUCGUCUGAGCUAUAUAGGUUCCACGAAGCCACACAGGAAUCUCUCAAUAUCGCCACAUCGCUCUCCAAUCUGAUCCCUGCUUGCCGCGACUUGGAUCUGCAUGUUGACGCAUCCGUUAACAUCGAGGUGGCCAACGCGUUGUGGGAUCAAGGAGAGAUGAGCACUGCAAUACAGAUGCUACAAACCAUCGACACGGACUCGGUUCUGAACAGACAGGCAAUUCCCGUCACCAGAGCAGAUUUGCUUGCCAAGAUUGGAGACAGGUUGUCUAUUGCCCGACGGGAGAAGCCCCGCGACAUUCAGAAGAAAUAUCUUGAACCAGCCCUCAAGGAGAUUGGCAGCGCAAAUUAUGGCACGGAAGCCGGCCUCGUGUUUCAUCAAUUUGCACUGUUCUGCGACGGACAGCUUCAAGACGCCGAUGGACUUGAGGAUCUGGAGAGGCUGCAAAAUUUGCGAAAGGCGAAGAGCGACGAGGUUUCAGAGUUGAAGGAGCUCAUUGCGUCGACAAAGGAGAGCCAACUUCGCAAACGAUACGACUAUGUGCUGUCCAAGGAGAAGCAGUGGCUGGAACUGGACGAGCAGGAGCUGCGGCGUGUCGAACAAACCAGAAGCGAAUUCGUUCGACUGAGUGUGGAAAACUAUCUUCUCUCGCUCAUUGCUUCCGAUGCUCAUAACAAUGACGCGCUACGUUUCACAGCACUAUGGCUAGAGAGGUCCGCGGAAGAAGGGACGAAUAAGGCCGUCGCUCGCUAUCUUCCCAAGGUUCCAACGCGCAAGUUUGCAAGUCUCAUGAACCAGCUCACAUCACGAUUACAACACAGUGAUUCUGCUUUCCAAAAACUCCUCAUCGAGUUGGUGUACAACAUCUGUGUCGACCACCCAUACCAUGGAAUGUAUCAAAUCUGGUCCGGCACAAAGGUGAGGGUGCAGUCCAAGGACGAGGUAGCCGUCCAGCGAGUCAAGGCCACAGACAAGGUCGCGCAGAGACUGGCGGCUACGAAGGCCGUUGCCAACAUCUGGCUGUCCAUUGAAAAGACAAGCAAGUAUUACCACGGCUUGGCAGUGGACAGAGAUGCCAACAAGUACAAGGCAGGGGCCAAGUUCCCUCUGAAGGAUUCCCAGGCUGGUUUGAACAUGGUCAUAGGGCUGGCCAAGUAUCAUAUUCCACCACCCACUAUGCAUGUCGAGAUCCGCGCCAACAAGGACUACUCGACGGUCCCGACGAUUGCCAAGCUGGAGCCGUCCAUGACCAUUGCGGGCGGUGUCAGUGCCCCCAAGAUCAUCACUGCUAUUGGCACGGAUGGUAAAAAGUACAAACAGCUUGUCAAGGGAGGCCAUGACGAUCUGCGCCAGGACGCCAUCAUGGAGCAGGUAUUUGCUGCCGUGUCCUCGCUGCUCAAGCAUCACCGCUCCGCGCAGCAACGCAACCUCGGCAUCCGAACGUACAAGGUGCUCCCGCUGACAGCCACGUCGGGUCUCAUCGAGUUUGUCCCGAAUACGAUACCACUGCACGAGUUCCUCAUGCCUGCGCACGAGAGAUAUUACCCUAAGGACCUGAAAGGCUCACAGUGUCGCAAGGAGAUUUUCAACGUGCAAAACAGGAACAUGGAGACGCGCAUCAGCACCUACCGAAAAGUAACGGACCGCUUCCACCCUGUCAUGAAGUACUUCUUUAUGGAGUACUUUGAGGAUCCAGACGAAUGGUACGCGAAGCGGCUGGCCUACACCAGAACCACGGCCGCGAUUUCCAUGCUCGGCCACGUUCUCGGCCUUGGCGAUCGGCACGGCCACAACAUCUUACUGGACACGAAAACAGGCGAGGUCGUGCACAUUGACCUGGGCGUGGCGUUUGAAGCAGGCCGCAUCCUACCCGUGCCCGAGCUCGUGCCGUUCCGCCUAACACGCGACAUCGUCGACGGCAUGGGCAUCAGCAAGACGGAGGGCGUCUUCCGGCGCUGCUGCGAGUUCACCCUGGACGCGCUGCGCGACGAACAGUACUCCAUCAUGACGAUCCUGGACGUGCUGCGCUACGAUCCGCUGUACACGUGGUCCAUCUCGCCGCUGCGGCUGGCGAAGCUGCAAAAGGCGCGGGACAACCAGGACGAAAACGAGCCGCCGACGGCCGACGACGCGGAGGACGGGGGCGAGAAGCAAGGCCGAGGCAACAAGAGCGGCGGGGGUCGGGCGAAUGGCGAGCGCAAGACGGCGGGCAAGAACGUGAACGAGCCGUCGGAGGCGGACCGCGCCUUGGAGGUUGUUAGGAAGAAGCUUUCAAAGGCACUGAGCGUGACGGCGACGGUCAACGACUUGAUCAACCAGGCGACGGAUGAGAGAAAUCUGGCUGUGCUGUACUCGGGAUGGGCAGCGUAUGCUUAG